AUGACAAAAAGAAAAAAUAAUAAUAAAUUGGAGUUAAUUGUCGCUUUCAGUUGGGUUUUGGAGAAAGUUUGUGACAGCGAAUUUUCUCUUCUUCUUCCACUAUCCUUCUUUAUUAUAGAGUUUGUGAUAGCGAUUUUUCUCUUCUUCCAGUUCUCAAAGGAGGAGGAGGAGGGAGUUGAAGUAGCAGCGGAGGAAGUCAGUGAAGAAUAUACUUUUCAGCACACCCUAGCAGGAAAGUUAUGGACGGAGAACAGCUUCAACAGUACAGCUUUUAAGAGUACAAUAUUGAACGCAUGGAAGCUGAAAAACCCUGUCGAGAUACAAGAUCUGAGCAAGAACUUAUUUCUUUUCAAGUUCUCGAUGAAGAGAGAUCUAGAGUACAUAUUAAGGAGUGGGCCAUGGAGCUUUUAUAGAGCCUUGUUGGUGUUGGAAAGGGUUACGGGGGAGGAGCAACCCUCUGACCUCACCAUGCAUUUUGAUACCUUCUGGGUACGAAUCUAUGAGUUGCCACUAAUGCUUCUGUCUGAAGUUAUUGCUAAGAAGUUAGGGAACAUCUUCGGCUCGUAUGAAGAAAUGGAUUUGAAGGAUGCUCACCGUAUUGGAACAUUCCUAAGAAUCAAAGUCACCAUAGAUCUUAGGAAUCCGCUGAAAAGAGGAACGGUCGUGAAAUUCAAAGAGAAAAACCGGAGAGAUCAUUUUAAAUAUGAAAGGUUACCUACAUUUUGUUUCAUUUAUGGGAGAAUUAGACAUCAACUUAAAGAUUGUGAGGCUUUUGAGGACCUUAAUGAAGAAGGAUUUGAAGACAUCGAGGAACAAGAACUAUCGUAUGGUCAAUGGUUGAGGGCUUCACCUUUACCCAAGGUCAUAGAGGAUCAAAAGAAGAGGGACUCAAGCUCAGGCACUUGCAGUAAAAAUAUUUUCAAUGUGUCUUCGGGACAAAGUAGGUGCAAGACAAAAGAGAAGUAG